UUGCUGGCAGUGCGCAUGCUCAGUACCAAGAAGACGCGAUCGUACCUGCGCAUGCUCGGCUCUGGGACCAGGCGGUUGCCAUGGUGUCGCCGACAACAGCCUGUUGACAGGAGGCCGGGAGCUGGAGCAGCAGAGAAAUGGCAGAAAAUGAAAAUCCUACACAGGAACCCCAGGAUCAAGGCGAUGCGCCGGAGGAAGAAAAUCCUACCCAGGCCCCACAAGAACAAAACGGUGAACCUGAGACAGUGGAAGAUCCUUCCGAGCUGCCCGCACCUACUGGAGAAGUGUCAGAAGAAGGUCCCUCUGAAGAACCUGCAGAUGGAAUAGUUGAUACAUCCACCACUGUCCAUAGCGCAACUGAGUUACCUGCAGUUGAAGAUGCUGAAGGUUCAGACCACGAUGAGGAAGGUCCAACUGAAGAGAUCACGGCACAAGAGGAAGUGACAGCAGAUGAACCAGUGGAAACAGAGAAAAUUGUUACGCCAGAUCACACUGAGGACGCACAGCCAGUCGAUGAAGCUGAAGGUUCAGACCACGAUAAGGAAGGUCCAACUGAAGAGGCGACGACACAAGAGGAAGUGACAGCAGAUGAACCAGUGGAAACAGAGCAAAUUGUUACGCCAGAUCACACGGAGGUCGCCCAGCCAGAAGAUUCUGAAAUCGUAAGCCCUGAUGUUGGGGAUGGUCCAACUGCAGAAGUCACAGCGGAUGAAACAAUGGGAGCAACGGACAUUACACCAGCAGAGGCAAUUGUGCCACAUCACGCUGAUGCAAUAGGAACAAAGCUAAUUUUGGACUGUAGCAAAAUUCCGAUGGGUGGAGGAAUUAUAGUUUUGGACUGUUCGAAAUAUACUAGCACAGACGAACCAACGCCAGAUACCUCUGGUCCAUCAACUGAGACGCCAGGAGGAGGAACUGCAGUUAUAGAUGACAGCAGCAUUGGUGUGAAGGAAGGUGCUACAGGUUUGGGUUCUACUGGACAGACUGCUCCAAAUACCCCUGAUCAAUCACCUGAGCAAACAGUAGGAAUUGAACCUUCUUUAAGUUGUGAAGAAUUGAAAGAGAAACUGGAAGCACAGAUCCACGCUAUUGAAGAAAUGCAUGGUAAAAUUGAACAAGCAGAGAGCGAGGUUCAAGUUUCCAAAAAGAGAGCUGGUGAAUGUUUGAUUUUACAAACACCUGGUACUGCUGCUGAUAGAGAUCUAAAAAAAAGAUUAAUGUUAAAGUCAUAUUCUGCUAAAUCUAAGACCCCAUCUCCAGACUUUGCCAGCAGCACAGCCACAGGUAAAAUCACCCUAAUUCCUUCAUGUGAUGUUCUGACAGUGACGUUACCCAUCUGCAUUACAAUAAGGAAACUAAAAUCACGAUUUGCAAGACAGUUCAAAUUGCCCAUAAAGUUGUUGCAAAUUACAUGUAAAGGUAGAAUAAUAAAGGAUUCGGAAACGCUGGUAGAUUUAGGAGUCAGACCACACGGUGCUAUCGAGCUGGAGCUGGCAUCUACUGACCCUGAAAACUAUGUUAUUGAACGCAGCAAACCACAGCAGGAAGUCACCACAUCCUGUGUCAUCACUGUCAAAGUUCAGCUAGAUGCCAAGACAUGUUGCACUGUGGACGUGGAGAUUGUGAGACAUCCAUAUCACAAGCCCUAUUUGGGGGGCUAUAAGCACAAAAUUACAGGAACAGAAUUCCACCACGCAGGAACACAGACUCCAUCGAAAAGAACUUGUGUUUGCGUGGAGAGGUUCUGCCGAGAGACACAGACAGUUUCUGAAAAAAAUAAGUAUCAGCAAACAACUAAUAAUACUUCAACACAGAUGAACAAGAUCGGCUGCUAUGUGUCCAACAUCAAAGAUAAGUUGCUCACUCCAGGAAGGUACUUCACUGCUGAAGAAUACCACGAGUGUCGGUUGAAUGCGGUCAUUGUGAUACAGACCUACUUUAGACGCUGGUUUGCUAAGAAUUAUGUUCAACAACUGAGAAUACAAAGGGACAAAAGGUUACAAUGGGAACGGGAGCAAGAAAUGAAAUUGAAAACGGAAAAAGACGAUUAUACAAAGAGACAAUAUGAAAGGAGAAUGAAUCCUAAGACCAGAGAAGACUUUGACCUACUCUUUCAUGCACUGGAAGAAUGGAAGAAGGAGGAGGUGAGAAACAUAAACCAGACCCUGACUGGACCUGAACGAAAGGCAGCUCUUUACACACUCCUGGAAGAAGAGGCAAAGCUCAUUGCAUCUAUUGCUCGGCAUCGAGUAGAUGCUGCGAAGGAAACUGGACCAAAAUUAAUUCAGAAUCUUUUGAAUAAGUGUGCAGAUCCCAUAAGAUGGAAGGCAUUUGAUGGGAGAAUCACUGAAAUGGACACCCAGUUCACUCUUCGGGCCAGAGAGCUGCGUGAAAUUUACAACAGUAUUAAUAUGAAAUACCUGACCACGGAUGAGAGACUGGAUGCUCUAUUGACUUUAAAACACACAGUCAAGGAACAUGACUGUAAGUUAACGCAGGAAAUUAUGGAUUUGAUUGACCGAGAAGCAGAUCUUCUUAUGAGGCAAGUGAAGGAAAUAUACCUGGAUGGACUCAGACAGAGAAUAUCAACACUCUUUCUUCAGUACAUCAAAACACCAAUGUUUAACCCAGAGAUCGCCAGAUUCCUUAAGGUUCCACAGGAUCCAAUGCAGUUGCGCAAAAACAUUUUUUUCUGCUCAAGCUGUGGGAGUUACAUACCGUCCACAGACUUCCCUCUGUCAAUGACGUCAAGGGGUCUCCACUUAUGCCGACAAUGCAUUAAGCAGAAUAAUGAAGCUCGUCAUCGCGAAGAGUCAAGCCAGUACAAACUGAUCAUGAAACAGCUGAGGAAAGCUGAGGCAGAUUUUGGAGAUGGAUCCCAACUUGCAUUCUUAGUGCAGGAACAAGAUAUGAAAUAUCUCGUUGACAGUAUUUGGGGCACGCAGUCUGCGUUGAGUGCCAACACAAGUAUGAAGGAUCUGGUAAUGAUAAGGUGGGAUAAAACAAUGGAGUGGUCACCCUGGAAUUGUAUCAUCCUCACAGAGGAAGAAGCUGAAGCUCACCUUAAACUUGAUAACAUCUACAAGGACUAUGAGGCCACGUUUAUUCGCACCAUCAAGCACCGACACACUUUGGGAAACAGUUAUUUUUCUCGGAUUCCUGAAAUUGUGAAAUACGCACGCACUUGCCUGAUGAAAGACUCGACUUCCACAGACGACCUCAUAAUUACAAAUUUACUUCAAGCUAAUUGAAAAUCAGUGUUUGCAAAUUACUUCAGUGGAUGAUGUCAGAAGGACACACUUCAAAGAUUAAUUUCAAUUAAAAAAAAUUACAGCUUUGUUGAAAAGAAUGUUACAUUGUUUUAUUAAUCACUGAUCAUAAAACAAAAAAUAAUUGUGACCUCUUUAAUUUAUAAUCGAUUCUGUGUUUGUAAUUAAUCCCUCAGACUAAAGAAUGACUGAAUGAAAUGUAAAUGGAUUCAUAAAUGAAAUCCUUUAUAUAUUUCAAUAUAAUCUUAUUACAAUUUGCUAAUAUUUGCACUUUACAACAGCCAUAACACUGGGUCCCUGAACUGAAGCUUGAUGUAUUGCUUAAAAGAUCAGGCAUAGUCUCAGUCAUUAAAAUAUUGUGCUGCCCAAAUUGUCCCAGCUAACCCUCAUGUGAAGGAGGGACUGCAGAUGCUGGUUUAAUAUUUAAUAUGAAUAUUGAUUUCUCUAACUUCAAGUAACCCUUGCAUUCCCUCCCUCACCCAAGUCGUUGUACAAAUUUCAGUCACCUUGUUGAGUUUCAUUGUCUGUAACCCAUUUCACCUAGCUAGCAGUUAACAAUAGCCAGUUUCCUUUAUCAUCAUUACUUUUUUGCAUAUCUUUCAUUCAUUUAUUCCAUAUCUCUCGAUAUCACCGUCCAUAUCUCUCGUUUCCCCUUCUCCUGACUCUCAGUCUGAAGGAGGGUCUCGACACGAAACAUCACCUAUUCCUUCUCUCCAGAGAUGCUGUCAGACCCACUGGUUACUCCAGUAUUUUGUGUCUACCCCUCAUGGGAUCCAGAUGAAAACACAAGGCGUCAGCUUGGUAUACAUACAACACAGUACAAUAUGUUCUAUGUUAAGUCUCAUAGAUACAGUCUCUUCAGCCUGCAAUGUUUGUGCCAAACAUUAUGUCAGAUAAACAUAUCUACCCUUCCUGCACGUGAUCCAUAUCCUUUCAUUCUCCGCAUAUCCAUGUGCCUAUCAAAAAGUCUCUUAACUGCCUCCACCACCACCACCCCUGGCAGCACAUUCCAGUCACCCACUACCUUCUAGGUAAAAUAAAUUACCUUGCACAUGUCUUUUAAACUUUGCUUCUCUCACCUUAAAACACUUCCCUCUAGUCUUUGACCCUGGGAGAAAGGUUCUGACUGACGACCCAACCCAUGCCUCAUAAAUGUUAUAUACUUCUAUCAGGUCUCCCCAUCCAACCCCCACAUUCCAGAGGAAACCACCCAAGUCUGCCCAUCUAAUACUAUCUAAUCCAAGCAGCGUUCUGGUAAACCUCUUCUGCACCCUCUCAAGGCCCCCGCAUCCUCCCUGUAAAGGGGUGACCAGAACUGCACACAAUGCGCUAAAUGCACCCUAAAGGGCCUGUCGCACUGUAUGAGGUAAUUCAAGAGUUCUCCCGAAUUUUCCCCUGAUUCGAACUCGGAGAAUGUCCAUAGCGGGGCCCGUAGCAUUUCGUGGAUGUCUCGUAGCGGUUCGUACGAGUAACGGUAGGUACUCGGGAAAUCCGGUAAACCCGUGAUGUUGUUUCAAAUGCCCACGAGUAAAUAAAUACUCGUGAUGCAAAAAAAUUGUUACUUUUUACUCGUACGAGCCGCUACGCCACUAACUCCUACGGACAUUCUCCGAGUUCGAAUCGGAAAAACUUAGUAGAACUCUUGAAUUACCUCGUACAGUGGGCCAGACCCUUAACAAAAGUGCUGGAAAGCUGCAUCAUGAUUUCCUGACUUCUACUCGAUGCCCCAUUGCAUGAAAGCAAGCAUAUCGUGUUCCUUCUUUAUCUCUACUUGUGUUGCCACUUUCAGGAUGAUGUAGACUUGGAUCCUGAGAUCCCUCUGUACAUUAAUGCUGGAAACGUUCGUGCCAUUAACUGUAUACCUUUCCCUUGCAUUCAACUUCCCAAAGUGCAACACCUAAUAUUUUCCUUGGAUUAAACUCCAUCUGCCAUUUC